AUGUCAUCAACUCCCAUGGAUCUGGACCGCCCUAGCGGUGCGUCCAGCAAUGGACCAUCCUUAAACAUUCAGAGGUCAUUAGGUGGCACAUCGUCUGUGUCCAAUCUGAGCGAUGUCAUGUCCAGCUUUAGGCCUACCAAGCUGCUCCGACGCGAAGACCUGAAGGAAGGUCGCCAAACCCCGCAUGUGUUAUCGAUCGACUACGAUGAUGAAGGCGAGCUCUUAAUGACGUCUGCCAGCGAUGAAACGAUACAGAUCUACAACGUUCGGGAAGGUCGCUACGACAAGAGCCUUCUGAGCAAAAAGUAUGGCGUCAAAUUGGCCAAGUUUACACAUACAAAUUCGAGCAUCAUCUAUGCCAGCACAAAGCAAAACAACGCCAUUCGUUACCUUGCGACCCAUGAUAACUCAUUUAUCCGCUACUUCGAGGGGCAUGAAGGCAAUGUGACCAACCUCGCAGUUCACCCUGGCAGCGACAAUUUCAUUUCUUGCUCCCAAGACAACACCGUCCGACUCUGGGACACGCAGUCCAAACAUUGGCAGGGGCAGUUAUUUCUCAGAUCGCCGUACCUUGCGGCCUAUGACCCUUCCGGUAUGGUCUUUGCCGUUGCGUGUCCCAGCAGCGGAACAGUACUCCUAUACGACGUUCGCAAUUAUGAUAAGGCUCCAUUCUCAACCAUAGACGUGGUCGAGCAGUGCAAUAUGGUUGACCAGCAGAACCUCGUCAAGGGUUGGACCAAGUUGGAGUUCUCUAACGACGGGAAGUCGCUGCUUGUCGGCACGAAAGGCAAUGGCCACUUCCUCUUGGAUGCCUUUGAGGGAACGCUCAAGGCAUACUUGCACAAGCCCACCGGCGGAACCAGACGACAAGCUCCCGGUGAAACAGCGCCCUUAUCAAACGGCAAUGCGGCAACCGACCCCUCGAAUUUCGACAGCAGUGGAGACUGCUGUUUUGCUCCGGAUGGACGAUUCGUCAUCAGCGGAUCGAAGCAGGACGUAUUUGUGUGGGAUUCGAUGUCUUCGAUGCCUGACAAUAAGAUUCUGGAACCAACUUGGACGCUGUCGGACAAGAGAGAAACAGCCGUUGUUGCCUUUAAUCCACGUUUCAACUUCUUCGCUACAGCAGAUCAAGACUUGUUGUUUUGGCUACCAGACGCCUCAUACAUUGGUGGCUAG